AUGUCGUUGGCACAGUCAUUCAACCAGACUCUUGAGGCUCUUACAGGCCAUCCGACGCCUGCCUCGGUGCUCUACUCGGGCAUUGAUAUGUCCAAACUCUCGUACUUUGAGCAGCUUUGGGUCCAGUGGUACCAGUACUGGGGUAACCCCGUGAUUGCCACUGGUGUCAUGAGCUUUCUGCUGCACGAGAUUGUUUACUUUGGUCGUUCGAUUCCGUGGAUUAUUAUUGAUGCCAUGCCCUCAUUGCGCAAGUACAAGCUCCAACCCAACUACGUGCCUAGCUUGAAGGACCAGUGGAAGUGCACUCGCCUGGUGCUUCUGAGUCACUUCACUGUGGAACUCCCUCAGAUUUGGAGCUUCCACCCUAUUUGUGAAUACUUUGGCCUGACUACCCAUGGAGUUCCAUUCCCUAGCUGGUACAAGAUGGCUUGGCAGAUUGCACUGUUCUUUGUGUUUGAGGACACUUUCCACUACUGGGUCCACCGCCUGAUGCACUGGGGUCCACUGUACAAGCAUAUUCACAAGGUGCAUCACGAGUACUCGGCUCCGUUUGGUCUAGCUGCGGAGUACGCACACCCGCUUGAGGUUCUGGUCCUUGGACUUGGCACCAUCGGUGGUCCCUUCAUGCUUUGUGCGUACACAAAGGACUUGCACAUUAUUACUGUGUAUAUUUGGGUCCUCCUACGUCUCUUCCAGGCUGUGGAUGCACACUCGGGCUAUGACUUCCCCAUUAGUCUGCACAACUGGCUGCCGAUUUGGGCUGGUGCUGACCACCAUGACUAUCACCAUAUGGCCUUCCUUGGAUGCUAUUCGACCAGCUUCCGCUGGUGGGACCACUUCCUUGGAACGGAUAAGGGCUACCAGCGUGUGCGGGCCAAGGAGCAGGCGGCAAAGCUCCGCGCCAAGGCUGAUGAACUUGAUAAGAAGGCUGAGGCGCUCAAGAUCCGCCGAUAA